ACCCUCUACAAAAAUUUCUUAUUUAAGAUUUCUUCAAUCUCUUCAAUUUCUAGUAAAAGAUGAAUUUGUAAUACUGAAUAUGUUUGAGCAAGUUUCGCCCCAUUGUUCUUCAUGUUUAGAAACUCCUCUGCUACGCAGCGGCUGAAGGAGCUGAAGAGUUUUUGCUGAAACCAUCCUAACCUGUCUUAAACUAACCUAAACAUACACCUGACACCUGUUUAAUACAGAGAAAAAAGACCUCGACGUAAAUAAAGAAUGAUAUUUCGAGUUUUAUUUAAUGAUUAAUUUAAUUUCAGAAAGUUUAAAAUGAACUAAGGUACGGAUAUAACAUGACCUUGUUAAAUUGUGAUCUAUCUAGAGGGAAGGAUGGAGAUCUACAAGAGCUGGCAAGAUGUCUACGCCAAGAGAAGAUUUACGUUAGCUAUGAAAGGAAGCAGUUGCAAAGCUUGAAUGAAGGCGUGGCUGAGGCGGGCCGAAGGUUGGCCCAGGCCGCCUGGAUUGCCCACAUGCAGAAGGAGAACCUAGAAGGACUGAUUCUGUCCCGGGAGGACUACUCGCCUAACGUUUGCUGUCAGAGAUCCAAUCUUCUUCUUCAAUCUCAGUUUAUAGAUGCGUACAAGCAGCUCUCCCAUCACAUGGUUUCAUACAGCGAGUUUCUGGUUGCUCUACGUCAACGUCCGAACCUUGUAGCAGUAUGCCUCGCUGCUGGAGACAAGACUGAUGAGCUGAAUAUGUUGAAUAUUGUGAACUCUCUAUUCUCCGGUAUUCUUGGAUCGUGUCUCCUAGCUGAGGAUGAGAAACUUAUGAUGGAGGUUCUCAAGAAAUUGGUUGAUAUUCAACUCAUCUCAGCAGCUAACCCUAGGAAGCUGCUCCGGCACGGAAACUGCUCCUUGUCUCGGUUAUACAAAGCUUUUAGCGAGCAGCUCUUUUCAUCCAAACUGUUUCUCACGUCUGCUUUAUAUGAACCGAUUCUGCAACUCCUCACAGACGAUGAGAUAUUUCUGGACAUAGAUCCGUCCAAGGCUGUGAUCAGGUUUCCGGCUGAGGAGAGAUUAAAAAGGUUUGGAACACCAGGCACAGACGAUUACGCUGCUAACCUGAAAUCUCACAGGACGUUCAUCAUCAAGAAAUUGGUCGCUCACGCUAAACGUUUCAUCUCCGGGAUACAGAGAAACUUUGCCAGGUUUCCGUCUCAUCUCGCCAGCAUUAUGAGAUAUCUGUUCGGUAAAAUGACAGAAGCUUCCCGGAUGGAAACCAAGGAUAUUUAUGCCGUUUGUGUAGAUCUUUUAUUCACCCUGUUCAUAUGUCCCGCUAUUGUGGAUCCUGAACCCCUUGGGAUCAUAGAUAUGCCUAUAUCAUACAUAGCCAGGUUCAACCUGAUGCAGGUUGCUCAGAUUAUCCAAGUUUUAGCGCUCUGGAAGUGGGAGGAAAUCAACCCGCAGCUCAUGGAUCUCUACUCAGAGUUUGAGGUUCAAUCUGUCUCAAAGCUUGUCGAGGCUGUGCUAGAAUCAUUCGAGGAACCAAGGAUGGAUGGGUUGGAUAUUUCUCAGCAGAGUUUCCGUCUUGCAAUUCUUCUAACUGCAGAUCAGCUUCAGGAUGUGGUGACCUGGCUCCGGAAGGUAUCGGAGGAAAACUUCCUACCGAAGGAUAUUAAGGAUGAGCUGGAGAAGUUGCUUGCUCCGGUCCCUGCUUGUGUACCGGGUCGGAAGAAACCAGCGGCACCUGUUAAGCAUGAGAAUGGUCUAGGUGUAGAGGAGGUGGAUUCUGAUGCAAUAUCUCCAGCUAGCUUUGCCCGGCAUAAAAGUGUGUUGGCAGCCAAACUAUCAAAUGUUGGAAAUAAAACAAGACCCGUUUCUAAACCCUCGACUGAGAACAAGAACACCCUAGCACCCGGUAGCCCGGAGAAGGUUCUUGUAAUUCCUAUUCAUGACAGCCCCUCGGAGAUGCCGGGCUUGGCCUCCGAAGAGAGCGUCCUCCGAAAGAAUUUUAUUUCUGGAGGAGGGAAGGAAAAGAUGAAUUAUGUUGGGUUCGAUGACAGCAUGUCCUUCAGGGACGGAAGUUUAAACUCCGCUGGUGGAGAGGUACUGGAGAAGAGAACAAGGUUCUCAAUCUCUCAUGAUGAAGGAUCUAUCGGAAACGCCUCGGACAAUCUAGAAGCUAUUUCAGAAGCUGCGUCGAACCAUUCUGUUGCCUCUAGUUUAGAGGACGAAGUUGAUCCUGUUGAGGAUCCGAUCAUUGACAAUUUGUCCGACAUGGUUUCCGCUAAUGUUAGCGGACGUGGAACUCCUAACGUAUCAGGACGAGAUACUCCGUCUAGUCAGGUUACUGAGGAGGACGAGGCUGGACAGGCUGAGGUUGCAGAACCUCAAGUUCCUCAGGUAGUCAAUCUAAUAGGAGAGGAUCAGCAGGAUAACAAUCUCCUGAGCAGAAGGAAGAACGGAGAACCGGAUAUGGAGGAGAGGUUUGGUAGGUUUGAGAUUAAACCUGAAGUGAGACGAAGAGUUGGACAUUUUGGUAGCACUGGGACAGCAGGAGAUAGGGAUGAAGCAGUUUCAAUGGUUAGCGAUACAUGGUCAACUGACGUUCUGGGUUCGGAUACUGAAACUCUAGGUGAUCCACCAACUUUGGAAGAUUUACUGAGAGGUAGACCUGGAGAUGAGUUUAACAUUAGAGGAGAGUUCAGUAACCGUGCAGAGUUUCGGAACAGACCUGAGUUUGUAAAUAGAGGAGAGUUUAGUAACAGAGCGGAGUUCAGGAACAGACCAGAGUUUCAAAACAGGAACAGAAACCUGGAUCAUCUCCAUGUCCCGAAUGAAGGUUCGUUAAGUCACAACAACUCGAGCUCCGCCAUCAGUACAUCAGGACAACUGGAUGUUUUAGAAACCAACAGUGAAGCUUGGUCUAUGGAUGUUUUACCCUCGGACACGGAAAGUUUUAGAAUGCGAGAUUUUGAUCCGGACGAUAGUCUUUCUAUAGCUAGCACUAGGUUCACAGAUGAUACAACAAGAAGUGAACCUGAACAAUUAAUUCAGAGGCUAGAGCUGAAUGACUAUGAUAGAGCGGCGGGAGCUGAACCCGGCAGGAUCUUUCAUCCUGCCCAGAAUUCAGCAGUAGAACAGUGGGCGCAGUUUAGUAGAUCAAACUCUGAUGAUCGGGGGAGUAGGAGGGAUAGUGAUGUGUCUGUUAACUCCAGCAUUCUCAAGAAACCUAAUGCACUUCACGUCAAUCUCUCCGAACCAUCUCUGGUUAGUCUGGUCGAAUCCACAACUACAGAUGGGUGUGGUUCAGUAGAAAAUGUGUCUCCAGGAACUGGAAACUUGUCAACCAUCUCAACCAAUGUUAGGCUCUCUACCACUAGUAUAGCCUCUAGUACCAGUAGUCAGGGUAGUGCAGCAUCCGUUGAAGCAAUUCAUUCUCAGAGAAAAUCUAGAAGUAAUUCUUCCACUAGUGCAGCAAACUCUACCGGAGGUGGUUUGGUACCGGAGGAACUCAAAUCUAACCAAGCAAGUACCGGAGCAAUACCGAAGAGUAUAAGCUUUGAUAAGUCUGCAGACAAGGACGAGGGUGGAGAGCACAAGCAUAGUCUCAACAAACGAGAUAGAAAUUUUUUCAAAAAUUGGAAAUUACCAAAGAUCGGGAGACACAGGGGGGGUGGACGGGGAUCGAAGAGCGAGGAUUAUCGGUCCUCCGAUAGAUUAACCAACGAUGCUUUUCAUAUCCCAGAGCAUUCCGAGGGUCCUGUGCUGCGUCGGAUUGGGUCGGAGGAUCCUAGGUUCUACGAGGGCGGAGCAACUGAAUCCGAGAGUUCGGACGACAUUCUUGCCAAGUAUAGAACUGCUCCGGGAUCUAGUAAGGAGGGGACUCUAGUUAACAUCAUUAAACCUGAGGAUGAGACGGAUGGAGUAGAUCUGGAUUUAGCGAACCUGGAGUCUACUGUAGUUUUCCAAGAUGCUAAAAGAAAACUUCGUCUCAUGCUUUCAGAGGUUGAAGCACCGCUGUUACUGAGCGGAGUAGGGUUGGAUGGAAUGGAAAAAGAGAAUGAGAAGGAGAACAGCGAGAUAGCAUCUUUACUCCGGGUUAUGCUAGCACAGGCCUUGAACCAACAAGAUAGAAACCUCGUUGCUCAACUCUACGAAACAAUUCGUAGUUUAUCAAACCUAGACGAGGAAUCUACGGAGAAACUGACACGAACCUUGAAAGAAGAAUAUAGACGAAGAUCUCCUUAUAUUGCAUAUCUUGUCAGAUCAAGACAAGGACUCCUGUCCAGUCUCCAGACCCUGCAGAGGUUAACCUCAAGGAUGGAAACAGAACAGAGGAUGUGUUCAAGGUUUCUUAUCAGUGUCUGUGUCAGAUUGUUUUUUGAGCGUCAAGAAGUAGAGCUGAGGGAACUGCUAAACCAGUUCUCCUCCUCCACCGUCAUGGAUGAAAAGACGGAGUUGGUGGUUAAGUUUCUGGACAGGUUGUGGGAUGAGCUGGAGAGGGAUCCAAUGCUUGCUGCUGCUAACCCUGAGCAGAGAGGAGAAGCUAGGAUUGCAGUUGAACGAGCUGUCUUUUCUCAGAUCUACAUGGCAGCGUUGUAUCCUAACCAUGAUGCAGACAUAUCACGUGACAAGGUUCUUCAGGAUCAUAUUGCGAGAUUAAAGGAUAUUGUUACCCCGGGACAUAAGGAUCUAAAAAUACCAAGAAGAUAUCAAUAUGAGUGCCCCUGGCCAUCAGCACAGGCUGAGUUGAAACGUUUGCCUGCAUUCAAGCUUCCUAGCGACAAAGUAAACUGUGUCUCAAGGGUUGCAAGCACCAUCAUGAACUUACUCUCUUUGGCUGCCGAUAGAUCAGUCCCGGCCGCCGACGAUUUUCUUCCAGUUCUGGUUUAUGUGAUAAUUCAAGCGAACCCCCCAGGUUUACUUUCAACAGUUCAAUUUGUCGAUAAUUUCUACGGAUCUCGGCUUUCUGGUGAAGAUCAGUAUUGGUGGAUUCAGUUUAUUGCAGCUACAGAGUUCAUCAAAACCAUGGAUUAAAGUAUUUGAAGAAGAAAAUAAAAAAUAUUUUCUGAGCUGUAGCAGUAAACCUUCUAUGAACCUAACAACACCCAACAAUACACAUAUGGCCUGACUUUUUUUGUCCAGAUUAUGUCUGUCUGAGGUUUCACUCUCCAAUACCAAACAGCCUUCUGGAGAAACCCCAGUUUUAACGUUCACCAUGAGAAGUAGGAGUAAAAAUAUUUGAAUAGUUGAGACAAUUUAACCAUUGUUAUAGAUAUCCUACUACCAGUGAGCCAGUGAGUAUCUGGUAUCAGUAAAGUGAACCUACAUCGGAGUAAAUGAAACCUGGAACCAUAUAUCAGAGAAUAAUAAUCCUUAAUCGGAGUAAAUUAAAUCUGGAUUUUUACACGAGGCUAAAGUUAACCAAUACCGGAUACAAACAAAACCCUUAACCUGGUAUCUAAGUAAAAUAAACUUCACAACCCAAC